CAAAGGUCGAUUUCCUGGCAUUCAGAAGAUCAGAAUUGCAUAUUAGACUAUCCACCUUGAGGAUUACUCGAAAACAUGCCUGGGCUCACCCUCCCAACCGUUCACCCUCUUCCUGCUUCAGACCUUAAGACUGGGAUUGGUCUUGGAGCAGAAAUUCGUGGAGCUGACUUGAAUAACCUUUCUGACCAGCAAUUCGAAGUUAUCCACAAUGCCCUGUACAAUCACCAAGUCGUCAUCUUCAAAGGCCAGGGCGCUUUAACACCCAAGGCACAAUACGAAUUGACAAACCGCUUCGACCAGAGCUCGACUUCUUACGGUCAUGGCAAAACCUUGGACGUCAAGCGAUCUAUCUUACACCCUGAUCUCAAGACCAUUCCCCACCAACCUCAGGUGCAGGUCAUUGGCAAUGGUCACGUUCCUUCAUUUGAGGGGCUCGAGAAUAUCAAGCUCAAGCACCCGCACCACCGAACUUUCCACAAGGAUCCUGUUCCAAUCGAAGAAGAUCUCAACGUGACGCGUUUCUACCGAUGGCACAUUGACGCCGCAUUGUACGACCUCAACCCACCCUUUGUCACCACUCUCAUGGCUGUCUCCGUUCCCAAGGGUCGCAGACAGCUUCUCAGAUAUGAUGAUGGUACCGGUGACGAGAUGGAAGUGCCUCUUGGUACCACGGCCUUUGCGAGCGGCUACAAGAUGUACGACAUCCUGUCCGAGGAGCAGAAGGAAUUUGUCCGCACAACUAAAGUGCAGUACGCCCCGCACCCGUAUGUUUGGAUGUCGUCCGCAAAGGCUCUGAGCGAUGGCCUCGGAUUGCACUCGGAGGGCCUCGAGCUACCGGAGAGUGAGCUUCCUCUGAUCGACGAGAGCAAGAUUCAGAUCCUGCCUAUGGUGUGGAAAAACCCCGUCACAGGCGCUUUGGCGCUUCAGGUUCACCCUUGUGCCGUUCAGAAGCUGCAUCUCAAGGACGGCACCAUCAUUGACGAUUUGGCCGAGGUUCGCCGCAUCGUUCAUGACCUUCAGCGUCCCGGUAUCAGUCCCAAAUAUGUCUAUGCCCACGACUGGGAAGAGGGUGACCUUGUCCUCUUCCACAACCGAGGAGUGAUCCAUUCGGUUGUAGGCGCUUUUGCCGAGGAUGAAGUCCGCAUUUUCCGACAAUGCAACCUUGCUGCCAGUGUUCCACCUACUGGUCCUGAUGCUUAAAUUUCUCUCGUUUCGAACAAGUUCGAUAUUAUUUGCAUGAUGACGGCGUUAAUUGACUUUUCAUUAUUUAAAGUUUUAUAUCAUAGCGUACAAGAGGGUUCACUAAGGAGAGAUAGAUUUAGACUCAGUCGCACGGCCAAUAUAGGAAUUUCAAAGCACUUUUAUUCAAACUUUUGUUUAUCCAAGGAAAAAGAAAUCAUUUGCGAUGAUGGUGGCCGGCAUGCCCAUGACCUUCAUGGUCAUCGCCCGCUUCGUCCAGAAUAUCUGGCCA